UUAUUCUUUUUAUUUUAGAAGGUUUUAAAAACGCAACAGAAACCAAGCGUAACUAUUUUCUGAGUUGAGCCGGCUGGGAGAUAACAUAAAAGGCUAACAUAACAAAAAAAAUCGAUAAUGGAGAGUAAACAUUUUCAGAUUGAAGAUCCUAACCAAAUAGACAUGGUCAUUCAUCAUGCAUUUUUAACUCGACGAUUGCCACAAACAGAGGAGGAGGCAAAUCUCUCUGGAACGCUAGUGCAAUUCACUUUUAAUUAUUUACCUAACAUGCCCAAAAUGGGCAUCCCGGCAGAAAUGCCAGGUCUAAACUCUGUUCAAAAAACAAUAAAGAUUUGGAAAAAUAUACAAAGUAGCUCAGUUAAUGAAAUUCAAGUUAAGGAGGCACUUGUUUCUUUGCAAACUGGUCAAACAUUUGCGGUAUUUGUUCGAGCUUAUAAUUCUGUUAUAACAAUUAGAAGAUCUGAACACGGUAAAAAUGCUCUUAUGAGUGUGUUUAGAGCUUUGCCAAAUAAUGAAAAUGUUUUGACUGAAGGAGAUUUGUUUCAAACUUUUCCAGAAAGAGCAGUUUGGAUUCCAUUUGAUCGGUUUAUAUCUGACACAUUUUCUAGACAAGUUGCUAUAUUGUGCAACCACACAUUCGGAGAAACGUUGACGGAAGCAAACGUCAACGGAAGACGGAAGCUGGUGUCAGAUACUCUGAUGAUUUUGAUGUUGCUGAACCCUGAAAAAUUUGCAAGUUUGUUAUUUCGUGGUUGUUGGGAGCAAUGUCUGGAUUAAUAAAAGGAGAUGAUAACUUUAAACUUGUUCAAAAGGUAAUACGCCAUGAAGUUUUUUAUGCAAAAGGAUUCGCAAACCCGUGGCGCCGCUCUGGAGAAUGGUUAGCAAUUAAAUGUGUCUUCAUAUAAUACUCGUGGAAGAACUUGGGGAAAACGAGGGAACAGUUGUCUACAAAUCUUUGAUGAUUCAUGUCAUGUCUAGUUUUAUUGAAAAUCUACCAAUCACUUUUAAUGAUAAUGAUAUUAUUAUGCAGAUGUUGAGCAAGGUGAGUAGAAGAAUGGUUAAACUGAAAAACUAUAUAAACAAUAGGGGUCUUGGAAACAAUUACAUCAAUAAUAUGGAAUUAUCUAAUCAAACAAUUAAGUGGACUAAAACUGUAUUUAAAAAUGGACGUAAUGUUUUGCAAAAAAAAAGAGCAGAAGCAGAUAGUCGCUGGAAUAAACACUCUGAAAAUUGUUCCCAAAUUUCAAAGGUUAAUAUUUCAGAGCUUCGUCCAUUUGACCAUAUAACUCAUAAGUUGAAUGAAUUGACUGUUAGUCGAAUAAAUCAAGCAUUUAAAGAAGACGAAAAUCCAAAAAUAAAUGUAAAAGAUCCUCAAUGUGUUAAUCGCUGGAAUAAUGAAACCUUUCUAUUUGAUAUAAACUAUCUUAUAAACGCCGCUCAAAAUAACCAAACAGUCACCAGUCAAAAUGACCAAACAGAAAUAAAACUUUAUGAUUUUGAGGUUUGGGUUAGACUGGUGUUGUGGAAAGAUUUUGUGCCACAUACCACACAUUUUCUUAAAAAUAGCUCUCAACUGUUUGAUUUGUUUUUUAAAUACCUUGAAAUAAGUAUCAAAUUAUACGCUAAUGAUUCGGUUGGGUUAAGUCGCAUGAGUUUAACUUUAUUUCUCAUAACUGCCGCAUUAGAUUCUAUUGCCACACAAAAAAACCCAUUACUGGCUGAAUAUCAUACUAGUUUUGAAGAAAAAAACUUCGAUAGCUUACUAACACCGUUAUUUGAAGACAUGAAAUAUUUACAUUCUGUUAGAAACUAUUUUGCAGAAAGAAACACAAAAGCCGUUUAUCCAAGCAUUAUAUCAAAUGACGUAAUAUGAAUUCAUUUGGAACAAGACUAGCCAAUGAAAGUGAAGAAAUGCAACAAAAACGAAUAGAUAUUCUUUUGUACGCUGAGAAAAAACGCGAAGAAAAAAAGAGUGAGUUUGAAAUAUGUCUCAAAAAAUAUAGAGAUUUGAUGGAAAUUUAUGAAAAAAGAAAACAUGACGAGAAUUCUCAUGGCUAUUUUAGAUGUUGCUCCAAAUGUGAAAUAUUAAAAGAAGCUAAAUCUAUAAAAGUUUAUUUUUAUGAAGACCCAAUUCCAGAAGGUAGCGUUUGGAUGCAAAACGCUAUAGUCUUUGAACUAAGUAUACCUGUCAGCAUACGAUGCCUUCGAGAUGCUUUGUUUUUUAUUCAUAAAAAACUGAAUAACAAACAAUUUAAAGAUAUCUGCAUUCGACAGCCUUGGAGUUCUCAUCCACAAUUGCACGCUUGGGUCAGUUCCGAAUGCUCGAAAUCUUUAGUUUCCAUAGGAAGUGAUGCAUCAUAUCUUUUGUGGUCCCGCUUUACAUUUCAUUAUAUAAAUUUUUGUGACAAUGUUAGAGAGUUUCUUAAACCUUGUGGUCUUACCAUUAAACUCUUUAUGCAAUAUAAAAAUAAAAGUAUUGAAUGUAAACUUGUUGAGCAUAAACAAUUGAAACAAAAAAUUGUCACAAUGAAAGCGUGGAACAAACCAUAUCAAAUUAACGAGAUAUGGAUUGCAGAGGCAACUCAUACAGAAAAUGAGGUUCUAGCAUCUAAGAUCGAAUGUCCUUUGGAUCUUCAACUUGAUGAAUUUAUAACAUUUGGUUCAUUGCGUGCUGGUCAUCGUUUACAACUUAGGAAAAUGCUUAAAGCAAUUGAAAUGCGUUCAUUAAGUUUUGAUUGUUCAUCUGUUUUCGCUUUGUUUUCGCAAGCUCUAUGGCAAGCGGGGCCUGUAAUUAAAAAAGAUGGUACAAUAGAAAACGAUGAUAUCGAUAAUCCUGUUUUAUUUUUUGAAAGUCAUGCUGAUCUUCAAAAUGAUGGCUUUUGUCACGUGUUUAUAAAAUAUUUAUCUACAUUUUUAAAAAGCAUAAGUAAAAAUUGGAAGAAACACAGUCAACUCCAUAUUGUUAUUAUAAUUGCUCUAAGAAUAUUUUCAUUGUCAAGUGAAGAAAUUCGCGUUAAAGCUGCUGAACUCUUGUUACAAUGCCGAAAGAUUGCUGAAAGAUGGGCUAUUGAAAUCGAAAAGUUACUUUCAAAAAUAAUGACAGAUAGUUCAAAUGAAAUCCAAGAAAAACGUUUUAAAUUAAUUGAAGUCGCUGCUUUUUCAGCGCUUACUUUUGACGUUGAUAGAUGUCAUGAAUAUGUAAUCAACAAAAAAACGCUGGUUUCAUGGCUGCGUACAGUUGCUCGAAUUCACGAUAACAUUCUUCUGGGCAAUGACUCUUUUGAUAUAGAGAAAAUUAAUUUGCUUCGAAGAGUAAAACUUAUAGGGUUGCGUUUUGAAAAUGUUGCAAUGAAAUUAUUAGCUUCAGAGAACAUCUAUAUAUUCAAAACAUUUCUUUCCAGUUAUUGGGCAGAUUUUUGCAAAGGUGUUUGCAUGAAUUCUUGGGUUUCGUGCCCACGACCAUCACAAGAAUGGUAUUUUAAUACUUUUAUUUCAAAUAACUCAUCAUUAACAUUGCAAAUUAGUAUUUUGAGUGGCAAAUUUCUUGUAGACGGUAAUCCUGUUGGGCGGCUUCCAGAUACCAUUACUAAAUCAUCUGACUACCAAAGAGUUUUUGAUGAACAUGUUUUUGAUGUGCAACCAUCUGCUGAACAGAUGUCUGCAUUUAUAAGUAUUCAUAAUUUUCAAGGAUCAAGAUUUGUAUUUUCAGUUCGGAAACACGGAUGUGUUAUUGUAGAAAGGCGUAACUCAGGUGAUGAGUACGAAAUGAUUGCCUUUACUGUAUUUUUCCCAAAUUUUUUAUUUAAAUAACUUUUCCCAAAUUUUUUUUUAAACAAAUCAUUGGAUCUGUAAAAAAACAAAAGUUAUUUAUUUUCGACCAAUUUUUGAUGACGUUAAUUUUUGAUGACGUUAAUUUUUGAUGACGUUAAUUUUUUUAAAGCUGAAUCUGAAGAACACUUUUUAUAUCGAUUUAAUGUGCUGAAAAACACUUUAUACGAUUUACAAAGAAAUCGAUAUUUAGUUGAUAUUAAUAGUAACACUUUUAAAAAAAUAUAUAGUUGCUUAGAACGGAUUGAACUUAGAGAAUAUGUUCACUUGUGGGUAGAUAAACAUAAAAAUCAUAAUAAGUUGCAACAAGAACUCAAAAAACAAAUUCAAAUUCAAAAAGAA